CCCCUUUCCCUCUUUCUCCCCAGCCCCACGCGCGACGCGGGAAUGACUCCGUGGCCUCACGGGAACAGCUCUCUGGCCUCGUGGCCGGGGGCCCCCACCCUGGCGCCCAAUACUGCCAACACCAGUGGGCUGCCAGGGAUGCCGUGGGCGGCGGCACUGGCGGGGGCGCUGUUGGUGCUGGCCACUGUGGGAGGCAACCUGCUGGUAAUCGUGGCCAUCGCCCGGACGCCGAGACUCCAGACCAUGACCAACGUGUUUGUGACUUCGCUGGCCGCGGCCGACCUAGUGGUGGGACUCCUGGUAGUGCCUCCGGGGGCCACCUUGGCGCUGACUGGCCACUGGCCCCUGGGCGCCACUGGUUGCGAGCUGUGGACUUCGGUGGACGUGCUGUGCGUGACGGCCAGCAUCGAAACCCUGUGCGCCCUGGCCGUGGACCGCUACCUGGCCGUGACCAACCCGCUGCGCUACGGCUCACUGGUCACCAAACGCCGCGCCCGGGCAGCCGUGGUCCUGGUGUGGGUCGUGUCCGCCGCGGUGUCGUUUGCGCCCAUCAUGAGCAAGUGGUGGCGCGUGGGGGCCGACGCCGAGGCGCAGCGUUGCCACUCCAAUCCGAGCUGCUGCGCCUUCGCCUCCAACAUCCCCUACGCGCUGCUCUCCUCCUCCGUCUCCUUCUACCUUCCGCUUCUUGUGAUGCUCUUCGUCUACGCUCGAGUUUUCGUCGUGGCUACGCGCCAGCUAUGCUUGCUGCGCCGGGAGCUGGGCCGCUUCCCGCCGGAGGAGUCUCCGCCGGCUCGGUCUCGCUCUCUGUCCUCCGCCCCAGCGGGGCCGAGCGCUGCGCCCGCCGGGGUGCCCUCCUACGGCCGGCGGCCCGCGCGCCUUCUGCCUCUCCGGGAACACCGGGCCCUGCGCACCUUGGGUCUCAUCGUGGGCACCUUCACUCUCUGCUGGUUGCCCUUCUUUGUGGCCAACGUGGUGCGCGCCCUCGGGGGCCCCUCCCUAGUUCCCAACCCGGCCUUCCUCGCCCUUAACUGGCUGGGCUAUGCCAACUCUGCCUUCAACCCGCUCAUCUAUUGCCGCAGCCCGGACUUUCGCAGCGCCUUCCGCCGCCUGCUGUGCCGCUGCGGCCGCUGCUGGCCCGAGGAGCACCUCGCCGCCGCCUCCCGGCCCCACGACCCCUCUGGCGCCCCUGCGGCCCUGACCAGCCCCGCGGAGUCCAGGCAGUGCCCACCGCUUGACGGAGCUUCCUGGGGAAUUUCUUAGGCCUUGAAGGACAAGAAACUACACUCCGUUGAUCCAGAACCUUCGGAAAGCCUCUGGCCUCUGUUCAGAAUGAGCCCUGUGGAGUUUCCCUGCUGGAAAACUCUGCGGUCCAGAACCUGAUGACUGGGCCAUGGGAU